GAGUAUUAUAAGAAAAAGUUACUGAUGCUAGAUGGUUCGUCCCUGACCAUGUGGUUGGACUGAUAAAGGGCAUCCUACAUUCGGUCCCUGCAAGCGUCCCUUCGUGUCACUGGAGAAGGUAACACCGGGGCGGAUGGACCGGUGCUCCAUCCUUUCGAGGCUUGGUCCGGGAGGCUGGGGGCAGAACGUGAAGGAGAGGAGGGGGCCUGAAAACCUCCCCUGAAAACCACCGUGCCCGGGCUGGAGAACUCACUGCUGCCCCUGCGCUUCUCCCGCGGCGUUGGGGUUCCAGGGCACCGGUGGCAGGAAAGGGCAUUCCCACUUCAGGGCCCGAAGCCAGUUGGACUUCAGAAAACAUGGGUCCAAUGGAGGAAAAGAUGGAGGAGAACCAGACAGAGGAGGAAGUGAAGGUAGAGUGGUCCUGGCCGGAUCAUACCACACCGCGGGGUGAGCUGGCCUCUAGACCGGAGCCGGAGCUAAUAGACAGCACAAAGCUGAUUGAAGUGCAGAUUGUCCUCAUCUUGGCUUAUUGUUCCAUCAUCUUGCUCGGGGUGAUUGGGAAUUCUCUGGUGAUCCACGUGGUGAUCAAGUUCAAGAACAUGCGUACCGUCACCAACUUCUUCAUUGCCAACUUGGCCGUGGCGGACCUCCUAGUGAAUACCCUCUGCUUGCCCUUUACGCUCGCUUACACCCUGAUGGGGGAGUGGAGAAUGGGCCCUGUGCUGUGCCACCUGGUGCCAUAUGCCCAAGGCCUGGCCGUGCAAGUAUCAACAAUCACCUUGACGGUGAUAGCCUUGGACCGUCACCGCUGCAUUAUCUAUCACCUGGAGAGCAAGAUCUCCAAACGGAUCAGCUUCCUGAUCAUUGGCUUGGCCUGGGCAGUGAGCGCGCUCCUCGCUAGCCCCCUGGCCAUCUUCCGGGAGUACUCCCUGAUCGAGAUCAUCCCUGACUUCAAGAUCGUGGCCUGCACUGAGAAGUGGCCGGGAAAGGGGAAGACCUUUUACAGUACGGUGUAUAGCCUCUCCUCCUUGCUGAUCCAGUACAUCUUGCCACUGGGCAUCAUCUCCUUUGCCUAUGCCCGCAUCUGGAGCAAACUGAAGAACCACAUCAGCCCCGGGGGAACCAAUGACCAGUACCACCGGCGGCGGCAAAAAACGACCAAGAUGCUGGUGUGUGUGGUGGUGGUGUUUGCAGUCAGCUGGCUGCCUCUUCACGCCUUCCAGCUGGCCGUCGACAUUGACAGCCAAGUCGGCUACCUGAAGGAGUACAAACUCAUCUUCACGGUGUUUCACAUCAUUGCCAUGUGCUCCACCUUUGCCAACCCCCUGUUAUACGGAUGGAUGAACAACAACUACAGGACGGCCUUCCUCUCGGCUUUCCAAUGUGAACAGAGACUGGACUCCAUCCACUCCGAGGUAUCUGUGACAUUCAAAGCCAAGAACCACCUAGAAGUGAAAAAGAAUCCUGGCGCUAAUGACUCUUUUACGGAGCCUACCAAUGUCUAAAGAAUCCCGUGUUGGAAAAAGGCAAGUCCAGACUCUCAGUAGAGGCAUAAAUCAAGUUUUACAGAAAUACUUAGGUGCAUCCUAUUUUCCUGGUAUGCAGAAGAAAACCAGCACUCAAGCUAAAGGGUCUGCUGUGGAAGGGAGAGUCAGCAUUAUCGUGAAACUUUACGAAUCCAAAGAAUUAUUUUUAAAACAUCUGUUUACAGUUGUGUGGAUUGCAGAAUGAAAGAAGAGCAUAAGCAGAGGAAGAUACUUCCAAGACCUUGCCUGCCUAGAGGGAUGAAGGAAAUGGAAGGUGACAUUGUUUGUAUUGCAUAAGGAAGCAGGAAAAUCAAGAAUUUACCUAUGUACUCUGAGAACCCAAGGGGGCUAUAACUGGGACAUGGGGAAACAUAACCCACCCAUAUGCCUCUUCUCACAAACCACCUCUGCCAAACACUGAUUCCUCUAAGGAACAACAUGUAACCCUUGUUUAGGUGGUCUUUGUAGCUGUUUUGCGCCCAAUGGGCUAAUGCCAAGGGUAAAACCUGGCAAAAACACUGUCGUGAAUUUUAAGCUUUCUCUAUAAAUUGUCAUCUGAUUUCUGGGGAGAAAAAAUCCUUAGGACUUAGUGGCAAAGGAUCUUUGAAACUGGGGAGAACAAGAUGCGGAUUAGGGGUUAUUUUCUGAAUUUGAAGAAUGCAUGGUCUUGUCUGCAUGGAGUAUCGAGAGUCCUCUCUUGAAGAAAAAAAAAAGAAAAAUCCCAAAUCACCUUGUUUCUUAAUUGUGCAAGCACUCCAUUUUGUUUUCAAAUGGACGAAAGGAGAUUUGUAACUAAUUCUUUUGGUAGUCAUCUAUCCAGAUCAGUGGAGAGCUGUUUUGAUUGAUCCUGGGUAGUCAGAGGUUUAUGGGGGUUACCAACAGGAUUAGACUCUUGUGUAUAUCUCCUAUUUGGUCUAGGAUUCCUCCCAAUUGACAGUUCCAUGUCCUUCCAACUGAUGGCUCCGCUUGACUCUCCUUCCCUUGGUCAGAGGAGAACAUAGACUCUGUUUAGAUGUAGAGCCUUGAGCCUAGAUCCUAAAUGCAUGGAAAGGAAUCCUGAUCCUUCCUUUUGGUUCAAGGAACACUGUACCAUUGAAGGGAGGGAGACUAUGUCAUCUUUCUAGAAGAACUAAUCACUGACAUGGUAGGGCAGGGCUAGUAGUUUUUUUGUUGCUUAAUGGUUUUUGUUAAGCGCUUACUAUGUGUCAGGAGCUGCACUAAACACUGGAGUAGAU